CACUCGCCCGAUUUCCGUCGACGAGUAUACAAUUUUUUCUGUGUCAAUAUUAUUUUAUUGCUAGCUGCCCGGAGAGAUACGCAAAAAGCUGAAAAUAACCGAACCGAUUCACAGUGCCCAGUGCGAGUGAAAGCAAGAUGAACGAGGGCAGGCAGUACUCGAUCCACAGCCUGUGCAGGAUCUGUCUGAACCACCUGCAGAACGACGCCGCCUACGAUUUGUAUCUGGUGCCAGGACUCUCCAAGAAGCUCUGCUUUUGCACCUCCCUGUCCGUGGAACAGAACGAUGGCUUCCCGAAGAACCUGUGCACCCUGUGCUACACCAAGCUAAACGACCUGCACGACUUUCAAAGACAGUGCGUCGACUCAGUACAGAAGUUCCAGGAUUUGGUGGCCAGUAAUGUCUUCGCCUGCCAGAGCAGCUUCGAUGUCCUCGAUCCCAAUACGGCGGGUCAGGAUUACCAGGCCGAGGAUGAGGACCACGUCAACUAUGAUCCGCUGCUCAACCACAAAAUGGAAUUGAUCGAGAACGAGGAGGAUGUGUUCAAGAUGCUCGAACACGUCGACAAGGAAGCCGAGGAGGUGGAGAACGAGGCGAAGGUGGAGCUGGAAGACCCGCCGAAUGCCACCAUUAAGAUGUUCGACGACGACUCCUCCAUCGAGAGCGGCAACGACAAUGACCACGACCUGGAUUUCGAGCCAAACAGCAGCGAUGAUGACAUUCCGCUGGCCCAGCGCAUGCGGGGUCCGGGCACCGGGUCAGGAUCCCAGCCAGGUAGAUCGGCCGCCGACGGCAAACCCAAGGGCAAGCCUAGGGGACGGCCAAGGAAGAUAAAGCCGCCUCCUCCAGACGAGGAGGAGAUAAGCGGCUCGUCCUCCGACUCGGAUGACUCUGAUGAUGACGGUGCGCGCGGCGACAAGCCCAAACGCAAGCGCAUUCCCGUCGAGGAGCGACACCUGCACCGCAUCAUCGACUGCCACAUCUGCCACCAGAAGUUCAAGAAGGCCAUCCGCUACGAGGAGCACAUGAAGUACCACAACGACCUGCUGCCCUUCCAGUGCAAGGUAGAGACUUGCAAGAAGGGCUUCACCACAGCAAACGGGCUGCGCAUCCACAUCGACCACGCCCACACGGAACUAUCCGAGGUUCAUGCCUGCAUCGCCGAGGGCUGCGGCAAGACCUUCCCGCGCGUCCGCCUGCUCACCUUCCACAUGAAAAAGGUGCACGGCAUCACCAAGGCGGCGGCACCGCUGCGCGACUUCCCCUGUCCGGAAUGCGACACCGUCUUCCGCUGCCCCACGGCGCUCAAGAAGCACAUGUACAAGCACACGGGCGAGGAGCUGCCGUAUCCGUGCAACAUCUGCGGCAAGCGGUUCGUGAUCAACAGUGCUCUGAGGGAUCAUCUAAUGCGACAUGCGGGCAUCAAGAACCACGUCUGCCCGUAUUGCGGAGUGGGAAAGACCACCAGGCAGGAGUGGAACGCCCACAUCCUAACGCACACCAAGGAGAAGAAGUUCAAGUGCCGGCAGUGCGACCACGCCUCGCACAACAAACAGGCCCUGUCCAACCACGUGAAGGUGGUGCACGAGAAGCGCAAGGAUUUCGCGUGCCAGUACUGCGGCAAGACCUUCGGCAAGUCGCACGCCUGCAAGGUGCACGAGCGGAGUCACACGGGAGAGAAGUGCUGCGAGUGCAAAAUCUGCGGCAAGAUCUUCCUCUGCGAGAAGAGCCUCACCAAGCACUUGAAGACGCACGAGAAGCGGGAUCUGCCGCCUUCGGAGCCCCAUCGCCAGCAGCUUAACAUUCCCAUUCCCGGCCAGAUGCCCGGUAUAAUGCCUGGCCAGAUGCCGAUGCAGAUGCAGGGCGAGGGGCUGGUGCCCAUGGAUCCCAACCAGAUGCCCGGCGAAGACAUGCUCAAGGCGUGCAGCGGCGGGUCCGCAGCAGUGCCGCCCAAGCCGAAGAACUCCCGCCGCGUCCAGCGGGUGGACAUUUCCCAGCUGGCGGGCACCGCAGUGAAUCCCAUACCUUCCGUCUCCGUGCCCUCGUGGUCGCCGCAGGUGAACUUCACCAAGAAGGAGGGCCAGCACAUCUGUCCGGGCUGCGGCCGGGGCUUCAAUAACAUUGGAAACAUGAAACUCCACUACAAGAUCAUCCACGAGAAGGUCAAGGACUUCGCCUGUCGCUUCUGCCCGAAACGAUUCUCCAAGGCGCAGAUCCUGCGCCACCACGAAUGGAUACACACCGGGGAGAAACCGUUCGAGUGCAAGAUCUGCGGCAAGCACUUCCGCCAGGAGACGGCGCUCAAGAAGCACAUCAAGACGCACGAGAAGCCGAACAGGAGGCAUGUGCCCGAGCGCAGUGCGCCCACCCAGAUCACGUUCCGCAAACUGGAGCCGGAUGCCGAGCCGCGGAACUUCGAUCAGUACCAGGAUCCGGCCGUGGAACGGGCGGCAGCCACCGCCGAGCUGCUGGCGCACCAGCUGGAGGAGAACGAGGCGAAGCGGAAGGCGGACAUCGAGCGGCAGAAGAUCGCGGCUGCUGCCUGCGAGCAGCUGACGAAGCUGCAGCAGCAGCAGGAGAUCAUCAAGGCGACCACCUCGUACGAUGGCUACUACGCGCAGAAGGCGCAGGCCGAGGGCACCAGCUUGGAUGCCUUGAAGAUCGACCAUGUCUAGGCAACUGGAUCGGCUUUACCUUAGGAGUAUAUAUACUAUACACUAGCGACGAAAUAUGUAUCCAACUUCAACAGCAGCUGUCACUGUCCGGAAAGAAUUUUAAGCAUGCCUCGAAUUGCUCUCUAGCUGGAUCCGAUUGUAGUUUUAUAGACACUCUUAAUUAUUCGAGUUUAUAUUACAAUAUGAACACUUCUUAUUUUUACAUACAUUUAUACAUACAUGCAAUAUAUGUAUUUUGUUUUUCCGUGUAAUGUCUCCCGUGCUUACUUAGAGUAAUGGAUUAAAAAAUAAUAUGCAUAAA